UCCCUUGCAGCAGCCAUUUUGCCCGAGCCGGCGACACGGUGUUGCAGUGCGGUUAGAUUUUAAUUCAGGAUUUUUAGCAAUAGAAAACUAUUGCUAAUUCAAAUGCCUUUAAAUCAACUUAAGUAAUUUCUUUCCAAGUUAUUGAACAAACUUCGAGACCCGGUGUGAAAUUAAACAGGGCAUCAGUAAUAUAGUCAUCUCAAAUCAUCAAAGAUGUCCGUCGACAAGGAGGAACUGGUGCAACGCGCCAAGCUCGCGGAGCAGGCGGAGCGAUAUGACGACAUGGCGGCCGCGAUGAAGGAAGUCACCGAAACCGGCGUCGAGCUCAGCAACGAGGAGCGGAACCUCCUCUCCGUCGCGUACAAGAACGUGGUGGGCGCCCGCCGGUCAUCCUGGCGAGUCAUAUCCUCAAUCGAACAGAAAACCGAGGGCUCAGAAAGAAAACAACAGAUGGCAAAAGAAUAUAGGGUUAAAGUAGAAAAAGAACUCAGAGAAAUCUGCUACGACGUAUUGGGUUUACUCGACAAACACCUUAUUCCUAAAGCUAGUAAUCCAGAAAGUAAAGUAUUUUAUCUUAAAAUGAAGGGAGAUUACUACAGGUACCUUGCAGAAGUGGCCACAGGAGAAACCAGAAAUUCUGUUGUAGAGGAUUCACAGAAGGCAUACCAGGAUGCUUUCGAAAUAAGCAAGGCGAAAAUGCAGCCCACACAUCCAAUCAGGCUGGGGCUGGCGUUAAAUUUCUCCGUCUUCUAUUAUGAGAUAUUAAAUUCACCAGAUAAGGCGUGUCAGCUCGCCAAGCAGGCCUUCGACGACGCGAUCGCGGAGCUGGACACGCUGAACGAGGACUCGUACAAGGACUCGACGCUCAUCAUGCAGCUGCUGCGCGACAACCUCACGCUGUGGACGUCGGACACGCAGGGCGACGGCGACGAGCCCGCCGAGGGCGGCGACAACUAGGGCGCCGCCCUGCCCGCGCAGUGAGGCGAGUAACAUUCGAGAACGUCGCGCGGCGCGCCGUCCGCGCCCGGCGCGAGCCGUCGCUUGUAAAAAAAAUGUUAAAAAUGUCGUUCGCGACGGACCUUCACGUUCCGUCUAAAAUUAAAUGUUAUGUGUCAUCUUUGACGGUUUUGUAUUUCUGUAUUUACACUGGAUUACAGAUAUCGAGCUGACCUGAUGAAUAUAAAUAUUUAUAACUUAAGUUAUUAAAAUUACGGUUUCUUAAGUUAAAAGUGUUUUCCUUUAUCGACUAGAGUAACGCGCGCCGUUCGGCCCCCGGCUACAUUCCUUUCGCCGCAUGUCCGCAGUGAAAUGGAGAAUAUGAAAUUGUUACAACUACGCCGAGUAACCUGAUGAAUUUAGAUUUUUCAUUACUAUUAACCUGCAAACAUGUAAUGGCUGUAUUCAAAUUAGGGCACAAAAAACUUGUUAGUGUCUUUUAUGUGGUUUUUGUGAUGUCCUCGACGUAAAUGUAAUACCAAAGCAAAUGUUAUUGUUGACAUUAACCAUUUUGUUGUGCCCAUCACCGAUUAAUUGAUAGCAUUCUGAACGUUUCAGGCAUUUAUUAGCAAAAUAGUUUUGUGAUGGACGAAUAUUGUAACAUUUCUGCUGCAUUUUAUCAGCCAUUAAUCUAUUAUAUUUUUCAUGUUUUCACCAAUAAACUUUUGUAUUAAAUACAAUUUUUAGUUUUAGAACCAAUAUUUAAAUAAACCGCCACCUAUUAACCCCAAAAAGAUGUUUAUCUAAACUAUGUAAUACUACGACGUAGUUUUCACCUUAUUCCAAAAACCUAAAAUUGUCACGCGUAUCACGUGACACAAAUUAUAUUUAUUAUUAUUUUCAGUUAUUGCAUUUAGAUUUUACGCUCAGCCAAAAUUGUUAUACAAAUUCUAGAGAAAGUUGGGUUUCGUAAUAUGCAUAUUUUUUAUAUCCUAACGUAAAGCUGGAAAAAUAUGUUUGGUCUUUCUUUUCAGACUGCUAGUUUGCGGUCAUGGGCUUAUUGAUCCUUGUGAGAACCACAUAAUGCGGGUGGCUUUUCGCCAUGGGUUGUGCUUCAAUGACGAUAUGAAAGUCAGGAUAAUAUGUAUUACUUAGUUUAGGUAUAGCAUAGGUGUAUAGGUUCGUGCUUGUUCAAUACUAAACUUUAAAAAAUACUAAAUAUACGUACAUAGUUUAUUUUCCCAUAAUCAUUAUUAAGGUUUUUGAAAAACUUAGCUACUAAUAUAAUUAUUUUAUUCUAGUACCUACCUACUACAUACUUAGUUUAAAAUUAAUGCCGAAAUUUUUACUUUUUACAAAUUAAACCACGAGAUCUUUAUUACAUACUUAAAGCUU